ACUGAUCGAUCUGGUGAAUCACGUUUCUCUUUAUUAUUCUAUGAAGAUUUAACUAUAUUCAUUCAAUUGAUUGGAUCACGUUUAUUAUCUACAUCACAUUACAGUCAUACAUCAUCAUCAACAGCGGCAGCAACAACAAUUCACACACCACCACCGCCGCCUCCACCACCACCCCUCCUAUGUAAUCAAUCCAAUAAAACGGAUGAAUUCGAUAUGAUGAGCACUUCUCAUCAUCAUCACCAUCAAGUGACUGCAUCAUCAUCUGUGUCAUCCUCAUCGUCAUUGUCUUCUGCCACAAGAAAAAAUACGCCACAACAUCCGCUGGAAUUAAAUCAAUCAAAGCAACAGUCUUCAUCAGCAGCAUCAGCAUCAGCAUCCACAUUAUCAGCAUCGUUUCAUAAUAGAAAGUCACAUUCUACACAGAAUAGUACAAUUCAUUUUCAUCGAAUUGAUAUUAUUACAUCGAUUGGACAAUUUAUUAAUCAUUUAUUUAAUUUGUUGGAUCGUGGUUAUGUUUUGAAACGUAUACGUGAUUUAUUGGUGUAUUUUGAAAUAUCACCAACAAUG